AUGCACAGCAGCACGGCCGACGGCAAGCUUGCGAAAAUGGCCUCACCAUUUGACUCCGUGGCCCAAGGCAAUACUUCGAACGACAUAAACAAGAAUGAGGGCAACGCCAUGGGGAACAUCUACAGUGAGGAGGCUCACGUUGUCGAAACCAAGAACAUUUCCGCAAUUCUCCGCGGGCGCCAAAGCCCUCAUGCGGAUCAGAAUUCGGUAGAAAAUGCACUCGACAACUGGAAUACGAAGGAUACACUGGAAGAAACCAUACCUCCAUUCAAUCCUGGCCUGGUUAAACAAGCAGUUCGAGAACGAAUCAGGAAACAGCAAGAAAUUCCAAGAGACAGGGAAGCGAGAGAUGAAAUGCAGGUUGAUUCCACUAAAGUCGAUUUCCGUGAUGAACCUAGACCCCUUCAGCCGGAGUCAUGGACAGGAUUUGGACCGUCACUGUUCGGUCCUAAAUCGGAUCGUCGUUCUGCCGAGCUAGAAACCCAGAGAGAAAGCGAAUGGCUUGAGGGAUUCGAAGAUUUACGCGUAUGGCCAGAAAGGCUUAACAGGAACCGUCAAGCAGAAGAUGGAACAUCUCUUUUUGCGGUGACUGUUGAUUCUGAUCAUUCAGGUACAGGCGCUGUUCUUUCGAAAGCUCGAAGAAAGCGUGAUGAUCGCGAGCCCCCUCCACCACGAGCAAGAGGUCCACAAUACGACAGAUCACGAAAUACACGGGUGGAUGAGUCGUCCGAUAAGUUAGACUCACCAAGCGAGGUGUCAUUAAUAGUUCAUCCAAAUUCUAGGAUGAAGCGAUCUACCGACAAGUAUGGAUCCAAUCCCCUUCCAGAUUCCGGCCGGAGGCGGGCCGAAUUUGAAGCCGCUGCGCGAAACCACAACAUGACUUCAAUAAAACCUAUGAGGACCAACGAAAGAACAUUUGCAACAUUGGAAGGGAGCAAGGGUGGGAAUCCCACAGCCCUUCCGGUGCCUAAUCUCAAGAACUUCGCCACUUCCUUGGAGAAAGUUCGCGCGCUCUCAUCAUACUUCGAAGAUAGCCUAUUACCAGUUUGUAAUAGCUAUCUUGUCAAUCUUCCAGCUGACCCCAAGAGACGCAAACUCGAGCAUGCGAAAUUAAGCGAGACCAUUCUGAACCACGUGCUUCUGGGCGCCGAUUCCAUUGAUGUAGAGGAUGAGACCACCCGUGCUAUGCGUCGGAGACUGAUAGAAGACGCCCAAUGGACCCUGGACAGAAUUGAUGAAACACAGCGGGACUGA